AUGGACGGAGACAAGAGUCCGUUCGCGCGCAAGAGUCCCAAGACGCCGUCCGGGCGCUUCGACUUUGGCCAGCCGCCGCUCGCCAUCUCGCAGAUCAUCCACCCCGACGACUGGGUCGACCACGGGCACCGCCGCAAGUGCUACGUGUGCGCCAAGGUCUUCAACAAGCUCCUGCGCCGCAAGCACAAUUGCCGCAUGUGCGGCGAGGUCAUUUGCAGCAAGUGCCGCGUCUGCCUCGUCUGUGUGCAAAAGAUCCCUGUGAUGCAUGCCGCCGUGGACGCCCGUCGUCCGGACCGACGCAGCUCGGGCCAUACCAUCCUCGACGACCCCGCGCACUCGUCGUCGUCGUCGUUCUUUGUGUUUCACGACGACCACAUGAGCGUGACGAGUCAGAGCAACAUUAGCAGCGCGUACAGCAACGAGACGGAAAUGCAACUCUGCAGCUACCGCCUCGACUACGACUGGGAGUACCCGUGGCCCAAGCCGCCGCCCGUGCCGUCGCCGGUCGAGAAGCAGACGACCGAGAUGCUCAAAAUGCUCGACAUCCUCGACUCGGCGCGCGAAGACGCGUUCGACCGGAUUGCGGCAAGCGCGCGCAAGUCCGUGUCGUCGCAUUGCAAGGCCGCGUGCGUCGCCUUUAUGGACUACAAGCACCAGCGGCAGUGGUUCAAAGCGUACUUGGGCCUCGGCCAAGCCGAAAUGCCGACGAUGGUGUCCUUCUGCGCCCACACCAUGUACCUUUUAGACGUGACGGUCGUCCUCGACACGACCAAGGACGAGCGCUUCUGCAAGAACCCACUCGUGACCACCGAGAGCACCAACUUUCGCUUCUAUGCGGGCGCGCCGGUCAUUGUCGAAAACGUUUGCAUCGGCACCGUCUUCGUUGUCGACUCGGAGCCGCGAUCAAGUCUCAGUGAUGUCGACACGCUCAAGCUCACCAAGCUCGCGCAGCUCACGUCGCAGCUCCUCCUAGAGCGCAAGAUGCUUCCCGCGCACUGCAGCAUCAAGGGCGGUGUGCGUUCCAUGAACCGGUCGUCGUCAGCGCCGUCGAUGGACCAAAUGACGCUCGACCGUCAGCAGGACGAGAUCAAAGCGAUGGCCAAGGCGCGGAAGCGAUCGCUCGAGCCGACGCCCGUCUCACUACCGCCCCCCAGCACGCCCCCCAGCACCCCGGGGGAAGGCGUCUCGCCGUCGAUGGAGGCCAUGCUGAUGAACUUAUUGAGCAAGACGACCGAGACGCAGCAGCAGAUUGCGACGCAGCAAGGCACGCUCUUUGGGAAGCUCGAAGAGCACAAUACGCAAAUCUCUAAACUCGCUGAAGCCGUGGCCCGCAUGGAAGCCAAGUUGUCGACCGAAGACGACCCGCCGACGACGCAAUGA